AUGGCUGACCCUGUUUCACUGGUGGCUGCAGGCGUGGGAAUUGCUGAUGUUGCAUUUCGGCUCAUCGUAUAUCUCAAGGACGUCAAAGCAGCCGCCAAGACUAUCGAUGAAGAUAUUGAAGGCCUGAUCAACGAGGUCGAAGGUCUCCAAAAGGUGCAUGGUCACCUCGAGAAGGAAUACCUCAAUAGUGUCACCAACAUCGAAAUGGGAGACGACGAGAGGAGCCUUUGGACAAGCACAGGACAAACUCUUAAGAAUGGACAGAAACUUACCGAGAAGCUUGAGGCUUCGGUGAAGUCUAUCUAUGGUGAUCACAAGCUUAUCACUGGAAAGUUGGAUGGUUGGGACAAGUCGCGUAGAAAGAAAAGCAAAGACGGCAUGAUCUCUGGACUUAGAGACCAGAUCAAUACAUAUCAGGGAGCCCUGCAAAUGCUACUCGGUUUUAUCUCCAUGCAGUCGGCUCGCGAAAACCAUAAGGAUCAGAACGCCCAACUAGAGCAACUGGCUGUUGGUCUUCAAGAAUUGAAGAGUCGGAUGGAGCAAGCGCAGCAUACAUCGUUACCCUCAUAUGAGAACGUGACCAACACGACGGCGUAUCGCGAUUUCAACAUCGAAUCCGUAUCAGUUGUGAAUCAGCUUGGCAUCGCAAUCAACAAUAUUGCGCAUAAUCCCGCGUCCGACGCCCCGGUGACGAACGAACAUUUCGAUAUUCCCAAGCCAGUCGAUCCGUUCUAUACUGGUCGUGGAGAGUACGCAGAACGUCUACGCAACUGGAUGUUACCUAGUGCUUCUCCGAAACAACGCGGAGCAACAGCCUCAAAGGCAGAGCAGAAACGCUUCGUUGUAUACGGGCUUGGAGGCGCAGGGAAGACUCAGUUCUGCUCGAAAUUUGCUGAAGAUAAUCGCCAUUACUUCUGGGGGGUUUUUUGGGUAGACGGUAGUAGCCCGUCGCGGUUGAUACAAACUUUCUCUCAGAAUGUGUCAAAGAUUGGGAAAGUGGACUUCAACGUCAAUGCUGCACUCCAUUGGUUAUCGAAUCUCAGUCGUCCCUGGCUUCUCAUCAUCGACAACGCCGAUGACCCUGACCUCAAGCUUGCCGACUAUUUCCCACGAGGCAAUCGAGGUCACGUUCUUGUCACAACCCGUGAUCCUGGGAAAAAGGCGUAUGGCACUGCUGGUGACAGGUUUUUUGAAUUUCAAGGAUUGAGUACGAGUGAUGCGAGCAGUCUACUCCUGAGAGCGGCCGGUCAGACGGAACCAUGGGGCACAGUUGUAUCCAACAUUGCCUUAUCAAUUGCAAAAGCGCUUGGCUAUCUUGCAUUGGCGAUCACGCAUGCAGGUAGGGCCAUCCGCGAAGAGUAUUGCAGGCUGAGCGAGUACCUGCACUACUAUGAACGCCAAUGGGAACAGACGAGGCAAAACAGACUUCCAGUGAAAGACAAGGAUGCCGCUGACGAGUUGAGUGUCUUCUCAACAUUCGAGUUGAAUCGAGAAGCUAUCGAAAGGCGAGCAACUAGAGCAUCUCGGGACGCCCUCCAGCUGCUUGAUACAUUCGCAUUUCUCCACAAUCAAGACAUUCGGUACGACCUAUUGAAACGAGCUAUCGAGAACGCCCAGGUCGAACAUCUGAAGGAGGUCGAGGACAAGACCAAAGAAGGUCAGUACAAGGCCGUCAAGCCCGCGUCCGACUGGUCAACAUGGUGUAAAGAACACGCUUUCCUGGUCCUUGCCUAUUUUUACCAGAACCGGAGUCCGCCUGUUCUACCCGGCAUCAUCCGAGAAGGACGAAACGAGAGGGUGAUGGAUGAGGAUCGACUACGUCUAGCUCUACGGCAGCUGACUCAGUUUUCGCUCAUAAUAAAGAGCCAAAAUUCCGAAAGCUACUCUAUGCAUCCGCUUGUGCACAAGUGGGCGCGUGAGCGACCUGGUAUGAGUAUCGCAGCGCAGGGAGUUUGGUCUGAAGCGGCCGCAAUGCUACUAUCACACUGCGUUUUGAUCCCACCGCUUGGUAACACGGAAGAAGAGGAAGACAUUCGUAAAUACAUCCUCCCCCAUGUCGAUCAUGUACGCCAAUGUCAGCAAUCGAUAGAGCAACGCAUGAGAGACAAGCGCAUGGCACGUAUGAAACCAUGGCCAGUGUUUGAUGGUGGCUUUGAUAGAGGCAAAGCUAUGACAUAUGCUAAGUUCAGCCUGGUGUACAUGCAGAACGGACGUUGGGAGGAGGCCAAGCGACUGCAAACUGCAGUGAAAGAUUUCACGACUCAGGUCCUGGGCCUGAAGCAUCCCGUUACUCGUCGCGUUACCCGUCUACUGGCUACGACCCUGUUCCACCUCGGCGAAAGCGAGCACUCGGCUAAGAUGGAAAAAGAAGUUUUGGACGCGUGUGUACUGUUCUUGGGUGUCGAUCAUCGGGAGACACUGGUUGCCAAAUUUGCUCUUGGAAAGUCACUUUUCUUACAAGGCAAAUUCAGCCAAGCCAAACUUCUCCAAGAAGAGGCAGUCGAGGGGCUGACCAGGCUAGUCGGUCUUGACCAAGAAGACACUCUGGAUGCGAUCGACUGGCUUGGCCAGACUCUACUUAUGUUUUUCACUGAAGAGCAUGUGAAUCGUGCCCGUCAACUCUUUGUCAAAGCAUCAGAGGGUAUGGAGAAGCUGCAUGGAGAUGAACACACACGUACGCUCGAAGCGCGUGAACACCUUUGUACUUCCGCCAUCCGAACCCGCAACAAGCAACAUUUGGAUCAAGCGCAUGCGAUGAUGAACCAAAUUCUGGAAACACGAAAGAGAAAACUUGGCAAAGAGCAUGCAUACACACUACUCGCGAUGGUGAACCUCGCUCUCGUAAAAUGCGAAAUGGGUAUGAUUCACGAGGCCGAAGUACUUAUCCAGCAUGGCCUACCCAUCGCCGCGCGCAACUUAGGAGAUGGUCACAUAGCUUAUCUCUGGGGUCGUUAUCAUCUUGGCCGGAUUUGGGUGAUUCAAGAAAGAUGGGAAGAGGCGGAGUCCCACCUGCUUGAUGUCACAGAGCGACAACGUCACACGUUGCAAGGCAGAGGGGAGAUCCAUCCUGAUAGAAUCGGUGGCUUGAUAGAGCUAGCGACAGUCUACAACGCGCUUGGGAAGUUUCAAGAAUGCGAAAGAGUGACAGACGAGGCUUUGGCUGCAUUAACAAGGAUAUCUACGACUGAACAUCCAGUUGCGAAGAAGUUGAAGGAAGAUAGAAUGGUCUGGAGAGAGCGAAGAGGACACAGCACGGAGAAUCCGCUAGUCGUCGAUAAACCACAGACUAUCAAGGAACGCAUCGAGAUCGGACAUGUUCAUCGGUCAUUCACUUUGUAG